CCGGUGGAGUGGGUCGCUGGCCGUUGUUGGCAAACAGGGUUGAGCGGAGUGUCUCUUUUUGACUCGGCUUGACUCGUUUGAAUGGUGGGCCACCUCGUCCGUCGACGUCGGCGACCAACGUUGAACGGAGCACGGAGCCACUCGCAACCUCGGACCCUUCCUCCCCUGCCUCCCUCCCAUCAUCUAUUUAUCAAUCCAUUGCGCCUCGGUGAUAUCCCGCCACUAUCUAUGCUGAACAGAUCAGCCAGCUCAAAUGGGAGCUUCAGCAUUUGGGCUCAGCCUCCAAUGUUACAGCUUAUUGUCUCGAUCAUGAGGUCACCUUGAACAAGAGGCGGUCUUACUUUUCCUCACAUAGGCGGAUCUCGGUCGAGCAGAUGUCGAUGGAGGUGCCGAUGCUCACCCAAGACGAGUUCUUUCGUCACCUAGAAUUGCGAUCCGUCCACACGAUCAGUGUCAAGUUUCAUUAUCGCCAAGCUUUAAAAGAGCGACUCCGAGCCUCCACCAAGCAAGACACCCAAAAUGUGACCCAAAAGGUGGCACUUAAGGUGUCAAGGCCCAAAUUGUUGAAGGCGUGUCAUCGCAAUGGCUCCACCAUCCUAAGCCAAGGUAGCUCCAAGUGGGAUUCGCCCAAUGCCAGUCGUCGAUUUUUCAUGGGCGGAAGGGGUGGAACUUCGCAAUCCCAAUCAAGCUCAAACCUGGGCCUUCCCGCUCGUGAAGUGGGGAACGCCCCUGGCCCACCUACCAACGACCCCCUGACCUUGUUACUUCACGAUCCUAAUGUAUACCCCAUCCCCAGAGUCCAUUCAGAGAUCAAACAACGACUUUCUGGUGAUCGAGAACCAGAGCCUCGGAGCGGCAUCGUGAUGCGAAGAAAUCAUUUACGCACUCCGGAAAACCCGUCCACUACCACCCUAAACCAAUAUACGACGCGAAUUCGGAUACAACCGCCCACCCAGCCAAGCUCAUCGAACAUUCUGGUGGUUCCACCCGAGUUUGCGCAAGAGUUGGCCAAUCGUGGCGAAUCGUCUCGAAACUGUUCAAUAUUCAAGAACCAUUCUAUUUUACAGCCUCUCUGGUCCGUGAAUUCGCUGCUUUCUAUGGUCAAAUCCUCCAAGUCAGACCAAAAUAAAAAUCAGUCCGUGGAGAAGAGCCUUCCUCUCUCUGGCUUUGUCCCCAUCAGUCCGCAGCCUAUUCGCACGCCUCGACCAAGGCCCGCUCCAGUAUUCGAAUGCGAGAAAUGUCAGCUCAAGUUCCAUGCCCAUACCGACCUCAAUUUUCACGAGAAAAGCUGUCGCAAGUUCUGCCGAUUUUGCCGGGUCAAGCUAGGUCUAAAACGAUCUCAAAACACGUGUCGUGAAUGCUUGCUACGUCUCAAAAAACGGAAGAUCAUCCCCAUGAUUCUGGCUCAGAAGAAGAGUCUGGGGAGUCUCCCCAAGUGUGAUAUCUGUAGCAAAAUUUUCCUGAAGCGCACAGCCAUGAUCAAACACGUGGUGGCUCAUCAUGCGAGUGAGAUGCACAAGGUUGAUCUGGUAAAGUUCGUGUCAGACACUCGUGAUCAUUCGACUUUGGCUUGUCGGAGCUGAAAAGGACAACUCCUGUUUCGGGGUGGAGUCUCCAAUUCAUAAGAAUCACAGAUUACUUGAGAAAUUAACUCGAUUGUCAGCAACGGUAAACAUGAUACAGGAUGUGAGUGGAAUGAGCCGAGCCCGCCCAAGAAACUUAGCUGGACGUUUGACCGUGAAACUCACUUCCAAUUCCCUGACCUCCCAACACCGCCUUGGUGAGACGAAACGGCUGAAUGCCAUUUCCAAUCCCUCCUCGAAACGAUCGUCACAAUGAAGGAAUUAUUUACUAUGUCUCUUACAUAUUUAUUUAUAUAUAUAUAUAUUGUACACUCCUGGAUAUCCAUGUUAAACGGUGCUUGUUCGGCACGCGAAGAAUAGUUUUCAAAAUGCGGCCAA